AUGAAAGUCGCAACCAUCACCUCGCUCCUCCUCGGAGCCCUUCCCGUCUUCGCAAGCCUAGCUGCGGUCGGUGACUCCACCAGAAACACCGUCAAGGAUCUCUCCCUCACUGUCGUCGAACAGAACAGCACCUAUGUCUGCUGGACCUACGACUAUCAGCCCGGCGUUGAUCUGGCAUCUGCUGCCGACGUCGCAAUCCUGGUCCGCAGAGCUAAUAUCCGCUGGCCUGGUGUGAGCGAGCGUGUUUCUGUUGCGCUCGAGGACGCAAAGGUCACCAUCAUCAGACUUGCCGCCAACGAGAUCAAGGUCAUCAUCGAUAACCUGACUCAGCAUGUCAUCAAUGUCUUGUUUGGUUGGGAGUUGGGUGAUGUGGAUGACCAGGCUCCUGCUGGCGCUACGUCUUCUACCACGCAGCGCAUUCAUCAGGGUACUUCUCAGAGUAUUAGUGUCAACGCCUAUCUUGCCGAUUAA